AUGAAGGUAUCCAAAUCGUGCAACCAAUGCCGUACUGACAAACGGAAAUGUUUUCCAGCCCCCAAGUCUCGCUACCUACAAUGCACUACGAGACUCCAGGGUUGCUCUUGGUCCGUCAAUCGAAAUCCGAAACCUUUAUUAUUUCCUGUUGACGCUCCAUCACCUUAUCGCCCCGUACAUGUGUCGUCCAUACAAGGUGCUGUUCGUGACAAACUCGUGGAGUUGUACCUAACCCUCAUUCACGAUAAACCCUAUAUGCUGUUUCAUCCCGGGGAUUUAAUGUUUUGCAUACGAAAUGGGACAUUACCCAAGGCAGUACUAUACAGCGUCUUGGCGCUGGCGGCUCUGUACAUCACCUGUGCACUGCCGGGAAGCAAUAUUCUCCGGGUACAAAGUAUAAGAGAACAGACCAAAGAUUUCUUUCAGUUAGCUAAAGUCUGCGUCAAAAUGUUGAUUGUUGAUAUCAGUCUCGAUAAUACCUACGCCACCAUCCUCAUAGGCAAUCUUUGUAGCUCGGAUGUAAUAGGAAUUGCCUUUAGAAUGGCCCAGAUUCUUCAUCUGCCCGAGCCAUCUUCGGAUGAUGAUGGGCUCCUGAGAGAAAGCAAACUUCGUACCUGGUGGUCGCUAUACAUGAUCGAUCAAUGGUCCUCGGCUGGGUUGAACAUCCCGCGUCAGAUUCAAGAUACUAGUCAGUUUCCGUUGCCUAUGCCUGGGUUAGACAUCCACAGUCUAGCUUCGGAAGAGGACAUUGAUAGCAGCUUACAGAGCACCAAACCCGGCCUCCUGGGUUACAUGGUUAUCCUAGCGAGGAUGGUUGGCCAUAUACAGCAUCUCCACCGGCAACUCGCCGAUGGGACACUGAAUGACUCGGGUACCGAGUUUUCAACCCGUCAUCUGAGGAUAGAGCAAGUCUUUGUUGCUCUUCACCUAGGCUAUCAUCACUAUGCUACCCUUCUGUCCUUUCCAUACCUUGGGUCCCAGCUGACGCAUGUCCCUGACCAAAAGCUCUUUUCCACGCGCUGCACGUACCAUGCGGCAGUUUCUAGCGACCUCUUAAGGUCCUCUAACGAGACACAGGGGUGCGAAGCAGUAUACGUCAUUGUCACACACAUGACGGUGACCUCGUGGACGGCUCUCCAUACUUCGCUCUUUGGUCAAGAGAAUGAGCUAUUUGGGACCAGAAAGAGGCUUUAUCAGCAGUAG